AUGGCCCCCGGUACCAGCCCUGGCACCUGGGCCACCGCCGUGUCCCCCGGCACCUGGAGCUCCCCUUCACUCCCCUGCGGCUCUCCCAGGAGCCGGGACGGGCCACCUGGGAGCACUGGGGACAGCGGGGACCAUGGGGAUGGAGGUGACACAGGGGACUGUGGUGACACUGGGGACCGUGGAGAUGCAGGUGACCCUGGGGACACUGGGGAUGCUGGUGCCUCUGGGGACCUUGGGGACACUGGUGAUCCUGGGGAUUUUGGGGAUGCUCGUGAUGCCGGGGACUCUGGUGACACUGGGGACCUCGGGGAUGCUGGGGACCCUGGUGACCCUCGAGAUACUGGGGAUGCUGGAAACCUUGGAGAUGCUGGGGAUGCCGGUGAUCCCAAAGACCCUGGUGACCCCAAGGAUGCAUCCGGUGACACUGGUAAUGUCGGUGAUCCCAGGGACCCCGGUGACCCUGGGGAUGCUGGUGACACUGGGGACCUUGGGGAUGCUGGAGACCCUCGGGCUGAUGGUGAUGGUGGGGACCCCAGAGAACCCUGA